AUGGCCAAGCCGCCCAAGGAGCAGAGGAAGCGGCCCAGGGACGAUCAGGAAGCCGCUAUGAGUAAAGGGGAGCAGCAGCAGGCCAAGCAGCCGGGCGGCAAAGGCAAGCGCCGCCAGCCGCCGGCGCAGCCCAACAGCGACGGCGCUGUUGAUGCCAGCGCUGGCGCUUCCAAGGCGCAGCAACAUCGCGGGGCGCUGUUUGAGGCCCCUGAGGGCGUGUCAGAGCAGUCGCUGGCCGCCUGCCGCUUUUUUGACCGCCUGGCCGACUUGGUGGACCCAAAGUUUUACUAUGAUAACGACAGGGACCCCAUCAACCUGCGCUUCCUCAAGAAAGCCGACCGCGGCGACAUGAAGGCGCGCAUGAAGCAGCAGCGCAAGGCCAACAAGCGGACGCGCCUGGACCCGGACGCCGCGCAGACCACCGUCGAGCUGCAGCGGACGAAGGCGGCGGCGAAGAGCGGCGGCGGCAGUGCAGGCAGAGUGGGUGCUGUCGCAGCAGCGGGCGCGCGCGGUGGCGUGGCGGAGCCGGGGCCGGGUUCCGCAGCCACCGCACAGCACCAGCAGCAAAAAGGGAUGCGGCUCAACAUCUCCUCAGGUGCAUUGUGGGCGGAGCUGCUGCAGCGGCUGCACGAAAAGAUUGAGGCCGCACGGUUGCAGCGCCACGCGGAGGAGGAGGCGGGCGGCGGCGGCAAGAAGCAGACGGGCGGGAAGGAAGCCACGUCGCCAGGCGACCAGGCCAAGGCGUGGCGGCAGCAGCAGCUGGAGAAGCAGGUCAAGCAGCAGCAGGCGGGGGCGAAGAGGAAAGCGGACGGCCAGGCGGCGCCGCAGGGGCAGCAGCAGCAGGGCGGCAAGGGCGAGCAGCCCGGGAAGAAGGCCCGCACGGAGGGCAAGCAGCAGCAGGGGCCUAGGCAGCAGCAAGGGCAGCAGCAGGGACAGCAGCAGGGGCAGCAGCAGCAGCAGCAGCAGGGAGGCGGAGUCCUCCAGGUCAGCAGGGUCGUGGUCGAUGACGGGAAGCAGCAGCACGGCGGCAGCAAGAAGAAGAAGCCCUCGAAGGAGACGCUGCUGAAGGCGGCGCAGGAGCGGCAGCAGACAGAUGCAAAGGGCGACGACGAGGCGGCAAAGGCCCGCGCGGCGCAGCUGGCGUGGCAGGCCGCGCUCUCGCGGGCGCGGGGCGAGAAGGUGCUGGACGACCCCAAGCUGCUGCGGCGCUCCAUCAAGAGGGACAAGUCCAAGAAGGCGGCGAGCGCAAAGAAGUGGGGGGAGCGGCUGGGGGCGCAGGCGGAGGCGAAGCAGGCGCGGCAGGACAAGCGCAAGGACAACCUCAACGCGCGCACCAAGACCAAAAUGGACAACAAGAAGGCGAAGCGGGAGAAGAAGCUGCUGCGCGCCGGCUUCGAGGGCCGGAAGGCCGGCUUCAUUUCGCCCAAGGGCAAGGGCGGCGCCGCCAAGUGA